AUGAUGCGCCAGCAGAAGAAGGGCUUGUCGAGCUCCAUGUGGGCGUCCGAGGGAAAGUCCACGAGCCUUGGCCGUCCCUCGACGACUCCGAAGGCGAAAGCCCCGACGAGCUCGACGGUCAACCCCUUAGUACCACGGCAGCCCUCUCCGACCAUCGCCGCCGAGUCCUGCUCCGCGGUGAACAGCAUUCCCACCCCGCCGAUGAGCACCUCGGGGUUCGCCCCCACGACUCCUGCAGUAACGAAGGCCACGACGGCGGCGUACAAGAGCAGUGACCCCGCGGCCGACGCUACACAGGCACACAGAGAGCUCAAGCGGUACGAGCAGAUUGUGCGGCGGAUGGAGUGGAAGAAACCGUUCCUGAGCGAGGGCUACGACAAGGCGACGGUGAAGUUCGCGGACGAGAAGGGCCGGGCGGAGGCGGAGAUGAUGUUCAAGCUUGACUUUUACGAGUACUACAUGCUGCUGGAGAGGGCGCUCGUGCACCUGAUGGGGGUGUUUGAGAUUGGCGUGUCGCCGGAGACGACCUCGACGUGGGGCUUUAGCAGCAGCAAGAAUGGCAGAGGGGCGGACUUCUCGACGAAGCACAGCUUCCACGAGAACGUGAUCUUGUCGCUGCAGAAGGAGGAGAACCCGCUGCACGAGGUGCUGGGGACGGGCGACGUGCUGUUCCAGCUGUCGCGGGCGAAGACGUUGCGGAAUUGGUGGAAGCACGCUGAGGACGAGAGCAAGCUGGGCGCGCGCAAGAGGCGGGCUGCGGCGGCGCCGUUGGAGAGCUUUGAUUUGACGCUUAUUUUCAACGCUGUGUUCGAGGGGCUGGAUAAGGGGUAUGCGAUUGCGGAUAGGUGGGUGGAGGUGCUGCAGAGUAGGAUGAGCUGGGCGGAUGAGGUUAUGGAUACGGAGUCGGAUGGGGAGGAUGCGUUUGACUGGAUGGUUGACGCAAUGGACUGGCAGGCCGUUUAA